AAAAAGUUCAAAAUGGCCGGUGGGGGAUUCGCCGUUGAUGCACCAACAAAAGGCUUUGAUGGCAAGAUAACAAUCUCAGUUAUCAUGACGUGCAUCGUUGCUGCGUCGAGUGGACUUAUUUUUGGAUAUGACGUCGGAGUUUCAGGAGGUGUGACAACGAUGAUACCGUUUCUAAAGAAAUUUUUUCCGUCAAUACUGAGAAAGGCAGCUGGUGCCGAAGUAAACAUGUAUUGCGUGUAUGACAGUCAAGUGUUGACGUUGUUCACGUCUUCUCUGUACCUUGCUGGGUUAGUCUCAUCUCUUGCAGCUAGUCGAGUCACGAUGGCGUUGGGUCGGAGAAACACCAUCAUGUUGGGUGGUGCCAUCUUUCUCGUCGGUGGUGCAAUUAAUGGAGGAGCUGAAAAUAUUGCUAUGCUCAUCUUGGGCCGUAUCCUUCUCGGCCUUGGGGUCGGCUUCACUAAUCAAGCUGCACCACUGUACCUGUCUGAAAUCGCUCCACCAAAAUGGCGAGGUGCAUUCAAUACAGGCUUCCAAUUUUUCUUAGGAGUGGGUGUAGUUGCGGCAGGGUGCAUUAAUUAUGGUACUGCAAAGCACAGUUGGGGCUGGCGACUUUCGCUUGGGCUUGCGGUGGUGCCUGCAGCAGUAAUGACCGUUGGUGCGUUCCUUAUAUCCGACACACCAAGCAGCUUGGUUGAACGUGGGAAAUUUGACGAAGCCAGAAUUGCCUUGCGCAAAAUUAGAGGAUCCUCCGUCGAUGUUGAACCCGAGUUGGAAGAACUCAUUAGUUGGUCACAAGUUUCUAAAUCUAUUGACCAAGAGCCCUUCAUGACCAUAUUUGAGAGGCAAUAUCGCCCUCACUUGGUCAUGGCCUUUUUUAUCCCCUUUUUCCAGCAACUUACGGGGAUCAACAUUGUCGCAUUCUAUUCACCUAACCUCUUUCAGUCUGUGGGUUUAGGAAAUGACGCAGCUUUACUUUCUACCAUUAUACUUGGAGUUGUUAACCUGCUUUCUAUUCUCAUAUCCACUUCUUUUGUUGAUCGUUUUGGUCGAAGAUUCUUGUUCAUAACCGGUGGCAUUCUCAUGUUUGCCUGUCAGAUUGCGGUCUCUGUCUUACUAGCAAUGGUGACCGGGAUUCAUGGUACGAAGGAGAUAUCGAAAGGUAACGCGAUUUUGGUGUUGGUGCUACUCUGUUUCUACGCUGCAGGUUUUGGUUGGUCAUGGGGCCCUCUCACCUGGCUAAUUCCCAGUGAAAUUUUCCCCUUAAAAAUCAGAACCACUGGGCAAAGCAUAGCAGUUGGGGUGCAAUUCAUAACACUGUUUGCGUUGUCCCAAACAUUCUUGACAAUGCUUUGCCACUUUAAGUUUGGCGCCUUCUUGUUCUAUGCGAUUUGGAUUGGAGUGAUGACCAUCUUUGUUAUAUUUUUCUUACCCGAGACCAAAGGAAUUCCUUUAGAAUCAAUGUACGUCAUAUGGGGCAAACACUGGUUUUGGCGGCGGUUUGUUAAAGGAGUAGAUGACCAAGCUAAUCUUCCAUGAACUGAAUAUCAAUUUAGGUUUGUUGCUUGUUAGUUGAGUGUGAAAAUUAUUAGCAAUGUCCUUACAUCUAGAUGUUUUGUGUGUACGUAUAACUAAAAACUCUACCACAAUAAAGGCUUGUUUGAUCAUAU